AUGCCUACUGAACUUGAGGAGCUUGUGGGGUUCAUUGCUCACCCCAAUCCCCAGAUCCGGCAAGUUGCUGCUGAGAAUUUGGUGCCAUAUUCUACAACAGAUGUGAAUUUGUUCAAAAUUGAAGAAUUCAAGCCGGUCAAGAAUCUUAAAAUAUUAGUGCGAGAUCAUCCAAAAAUAGCAGAGCAUGUCAUCAAGAUAUUGGUGAACUUGUCUGCAGACCAAGAGAUACUCGAAAACCUCGCAAAAGAUGAAAAGUUUUUAGAAACUGUUUUUGCAAGGAUAGUGGAUCCAGAAGAGCCAAAUGCAAACCUGCUAGCCAUGUUGCUGGCCAACCUGGCCAAGUCAGACUCGAUAAAAGAGCCCCUGUUGGCCAAGAAGCAACCGGCCUCUGAAAAGCUGGGGUCAGACGACCUCGUCAUCAACCAGCUCUUCGACCUGUUCGUCAAGGGCGCCGACGGGUCCUACAACAAGCACGCCAACUACGACUACCUGGCGUACCUGUUUGCGGACCUGGCAAAGCAUGCAGACGUGCGUAAGCACAUGCUGACGGCGCAAAAGUACGACGGCGUCGUGCCCAUCACCAAGCUGCGCGUCUUCACCAACGAGGAGACGACCAAGUCCGACGUGCGCCGCCGCGGCGUCGCCAGCACCCUCAAGAACGUCGCCUUUGACGUAGACUCGCACCCGCGCCUGCUCGACGACGGCGAGAUCAACGUGCUCCCUUACCUCUUGCUGCCCAUCAUGGGCGACGAGGACUACGACGAAGAGGACAUGCUGGAGAUGCUUCCCGAUCUGCAGCUCCUGCCGCCCGGCAAGAAGCGUGAACCCGACGCAAACAUCGUCCAGACCCACCUCGAGACUCUGAGUCUGCUGACCACGACGAGGAAAGGGAGGGAUCUGAUGCGCGAGGUCAAGGUCUACCCCAUCAUACGCGAGACCCAUCUGCGUGUGAAUGACGAGGGGGUUCGAGAGGCCUGUGACCGGCUGGUGCAGGUUCUAAUGCGCGAGGAGGGCGAGGACGCCGACGAGGACGACGAAGAUGACAGGAUUGUGGAAAUAGAAUAG